AAAAGAAACGAGAAAACCACCUACCACCACCACCACCCACCCACCCACCCACGCGCAACACACGCGCACACAACCCCUCCAACAUGUCGCGGCCAAACCCCAUGGAGCAGUACUUGAUGCGCAUGAAGCGCGCCAGCGGCGGCCGUUUCCCCGGGGGUGGCAGCCCGCCCGGCGCAGGCCUGGUCGCGGCUGUCCUGGCCGGCGGCGCGGGGCUGUACGUCAUCUCCAACUCGCUCUUCAACGUCGACGGCGGCCACCGCGCCAUCAAGUACCGGAGGAUAAGCGGCGUGAGCAAGGAGAUCUACGGCGAGGGAACACACCUGGCCAUCCCCUGGUUCGAGACGCCGAUCGUGUACGACGUGCGGGCCAAGCCGCGCAACGUGUCGUCUCUCACGGGCACCAAGGACCUACAGAUGGUCAACAUCACCUGCCGUGUCCUGUCCCGCCCCGACGUCAACGCCCUGCCGCAGAUCUACCGCACCCUGGGCUCCGACUACGACGAGCGCGUGCUGCCCUCCAUCGUCAAUGAGGUGCUCAAGAGCGUCGUCGCCCAGUUCAACGCCAGCCAGCUGAUCACCCAGCGUGAGAUGGUCGCCAGGCUGGUGCGCGAGAAUCUGUCGAGGAGAUCGGCCCGCUUCAACAUUGUGCUGGAAGACGUUUCGCUCACGCACCUCGCCUUCUCGCCCGAGUUCACGGCGGCCGUCGAGGCCAAGCAGGUCGCGCAGCAGGAGGCGCAGCGUGCCGCGUUCGUGGUGGACAAGGCACGGCAGGAGAAGCAGGCCAUGGUGGUCAAGGCGCAGGGUGAGGCCCGCUCGGCCGAGCUCAUCGGCGAGGCCAUCAAGAAGAGCAAGGCCUACGUGGAGCUCAAGAAGCUCGAGAACGCGCGGGCCAUCGCCCAGUCGCUGCAGGACGCCGGGGGCCGCAACAGGCUGCUGCUCGACGCCGAGGGUCUUGGCCUCAACGUAUUCGAGAAGGCCGAUAGCAGCAAGAAGGACUAAACUCUAAAGCGCCUUCCACUUUCUUCUCUUCUCUGGGUCUAGGUGGCCAAAUUCCUUGUUUCGCGUUCCAUUUUCCGGGUUAUUUUCUCCAUGGGUUCAUGGCAGGCGCAUCCUUAUCUCCCCCUUGUAAAGCACCAAAAGCAUACAUACUCUCAAGUGACGGCAAGCUGGGAGCCCAUGUGUAAAUUAGCUAUGAAAAGCCGUACUAUAAUCCCACUCUAUGGAUUUCUGAUGCUUUUUAUAUGCAAUGGUACCCAAGGUACAGGAAAUAGGAAAGGGAAUAAGAGAUACUAUGAAAUAGCAGGAGGUGUAGAACAAGCAAUAAAAAAAACUUGCAAGAUA